GAAAUGGAAUAUUAAUAAUAAAUUGCAUUCCACACGAUAAAGUUAGGUACAAAAUAACUUAAAUUAGUUGAAAAUUUCCAAGAAUACAGCACUCACUUUAGAUUCCAAAGCAGAGAAAAAUUGUCAAUGGAGGUGAAGGAAAUCCUGUUCAUGAACAAAGGGGAUGGAGAAAAUAGCUAUGUUAAGAGCUCAGGAUAUAUGCAAAAAGUGGCAGCUGCAACUCAGCCAAUGGUUUCUGGGGCAGUUCAAUCUUUCUUCAGAGAAAAUUGUUCAAACCCACCGCUUGAAGUUCUCAACGUAGCUGAUUUGGGAUGUUCUUCAGGCCCCAACACUUUUACGGUGAUGUCAACGGUGAUUGAGAGCACAGUGAAAAGUUGCAGUGAAUUGGGACGUGAAAUCCCAGAAAUCCAGUUCUACCUGAAUGAUUUGGUGGGGAAUGAUUUUAACACACUGUUCAAAGGGUUGACUGUGAUUGAAGAGAUAUUUAAGAAUGUUCCAUGGUUUGCUAUGGGUGCUCCUGGUUCCUUUCAUGGCAGGCUUUUCCCUAGGAAUUCCAUGCAUCUUGUUCAUUCCUUAUAUGGUGUACAUUGGCUCUCUAAGGUACCAAAAUUGACAAAUGAAGGAGGGUUACCACUAAACAAAGGGAAGAUUUACAUAUCAAAAACCAGCCCACCUGGAGUGAGAGAGGCAUACCUUUCUCAGUUUCAAGAAGACUUUCUUUUAUUCUUGAAAUGUCGAUCUCCAGAAAUGGUUCCUGAUGGCCGCAUGGUCUUGAUAUUUCAUGGAAGGAAAUCCGCAGAUCCCACACUCAGAGAGAGCUGCUACACUUGGGAAAUUUUAGCUGAGACCAUAUCCUACCUGGUUUCACAGGGAGUGAUUAAUGAAGAGAAAUUAGACUCCUUCAAUGUACCAUACUACAUUCCCUCCCAAGAAGAAGCUCAAGAUAUAGUGGACAAGGAAGGUUCUUUCACAAUAGAGUUUAUAGACACAAUUGUGGUGGAGCGUGGAAGUACAUGGUCGAGACCAGAAGCUAGAGCUAGAAGCCUCAGAGCCUUCACGGAGCCCAUGAUUUCACACCAAUUUGGAGAAGAGGUGAUGGACAAGUUAUAUGGUAAGGUCACAGAUAUUCUAGUACUUGAGGAUUCCAAGCAGGGAAAUGAAAGCAGUGGAGUUAGUAUUGUUCUUGAACUUAAAAAGAAAAAAAUUUGACAUCAGCUAAUGUAAUCUUCAGUAAAUAUUGAAGAAAAUAAUAUGGUAAAGGAAUCGAACUGAUAAUAUAGUUUUAUUAUUACUUUGCCUAGUAAUAAGGAGAAAUUUCUGGCAAACUUAACUACUAAUACUAAGAAUCGAAUACUAUAUCAACAGUACGCACGGCUGUUGGUUUUGCACAUCUUUCUCAAUUUCUAGAAAUCUUUGUUUUUGAUUCUUGAUAAAUCAUGAUCUCGAGAGCCGGUACCUGAUGUUGGAAUGAAGAACAAAUUAUACGAUGAUUAAAUCCAUGUUCCCCCAAUAUGGUUUCCAAUUUUGCACUAUAUCAGAAAUGGGCAAUAUGAAGACAUAAUCAUAUUGAUUGGAGAUUUAAUAACCCUUUUCAGAUUCUUGUAUGGAAUGAAGAACAAAAAUGCUAGAAUGAUAUUGUCUUAGAC